UUUUUUUUUUCAAUCGAUACUUAAAAGUUUGUACUUGUUGUUUCACCUUUCUUCGUCUCCUUUUAUAUUUAUAAUUUUAAGCCCGUUGCUUCACUUUUGCAUCGUUGUCCAGUCUAGACUUGGGCCCGUUUUCAGUUCCUGGCUGUGCACCUGGGGUACAUACUCAAUCCAUGCUAGGGCCCUGAAAAAGUGCUAGGUUGGAUUUGGAUGCUUGAAGGACAGAACUCCCUUGCUUCUGGUCUUGGGGCACCGGAUACCCGCCAUCUUUCACACCUUACUUAUUGAUAAUCUCUCUCUUCUUCUCCUUUCUCCUUUUACUUUCACUCGGACCCAAUUUUCUAUGCUCACGCUGCUAAAGAAUCCGGAAACCGCGUGUGUAGCUUGUCGGCGCCUCAGAAGCUGACAUUAGAGAAUUAGGGGAAAGGCAGAAGAGCCAGGACUCUAUCACUGUUGUUUUAUUUCUCCACGAGGGCUGUGAGCAACAGGGUCAAAUCGUUUCUCACAGAAAAGGAGGAAGGAAGGAGGAUUUCUCUUGUAAACCGACUGGUCCGUGUGGUCCUUUGAGGAACAAUAUGCCUCCAGCCAGUUCGUCGUUUACGGCAUUGAAUUUGCCAGAAACAUUUUCUCUCCCACAAUGCAUGGAAUAUUUUACCCUCACCGCUGGUCCCAAUACCGAUCUCUGGAGGAAGCCCCCAAAUGGCGACACGUCCACAGCGCCCAUUGUAUUCACGUCAUUGCGAAAUCCAUUUAUACUGGCGGAAGUGACUGUUAGUGCGGACUGGGAAAUGGAAUGGGAUCAGGGUGGUCUGGUGAUUUUUGCCGGAGCCGCACCGCAGUCCUGCUCGUCCGAAAGCGUCCCAUUGGAUUCCGCAACGCGAUCGAGUCGCUCGGGAUAUCCCCAGAUCGCACGACCGUGCAAAUGGGUCAAGGCGGGUAUGGAGUUUAGCUCGGGCACCCUCAACGCCUCUUCGGUCAGUGCAACUGCGGAUGGAGCCGAUUGGUGUCUUUCACCGCUCAGCCUCCCUGACAGCGGGCCAUCAACCGUGCAGUCGCUGCGUAUCAAAUUAGAGCGGAUCGGCAACUCCCUCUGGAUCUGGUACCAGAUCCCAUCCGCCCUUCCCUAUGCCCGGACGCCGAGCGCAGUGAGCAGCACGUGGAAGAAGCUACGGGAGGUGACAUGGUUCUUCUACGGCGUUGAAGACAAGUUUAUCCAUGUUGGAGUUUACGCGAGUCGGCCGAAUAACAUAUCUCGCAACAGCACCAUGUGGGAGAUGAUGAACGGUCCGAUCUUGAGCGAGUCUGCAGUCGGCUCUCGGGACUCUUUGGUGGUUGAGUUCGAAGAUUUAGAGAUAUACUAACGACGCCUGACCCUUUACUCCCGAUAAUAUACCAUCUGUAUUUCUCCCUUUGCAAUUUAAUCAACGCAGCCACGACCCAUGAAUGGCUUAUGAACUCACGACUCUAUGUUUUGUGCCGCUGGUUGAGCCCAACAUGUUGAGUCUCUCUCUCUCUCUCUCUUUUU